AUGCCACUCGAGGUGCUUGCAGACGACAUUGUGCUUGCGGAUGGCGGCACUGCCGCCGCCAAAGAGCCAUCGGCGCUGACGCUGGUGUGGCGGAUGGUUGCGCCGGACAAGUGGCUGCUGGCAGCGGCGGUGGUGGCCACGGUCUCGUCGUCGCUCGUCUCGCUCCUCAUUCCGCCGUCGGUGGGAGGCCUGCUGGCGAGUCUCAAGGCUGGCGCAUCGUUUUCGACGUUGUGGGGCGGAGUGGCCAAGCUUGCUGGCGUCGUUGUCUUUCAAGCCUCGCUCUCGGCGGGCUACAUCGCCUUGCUCUCGUCGUUCUCGCAGCGGCUGGUGCAGCGGCUGCGAACCGCGCUGUUUGAUGCACUCAUGGCCAAGGACAUGGGCGCGUACGAUGCCACCCGUGGUGGAGAGUUCUCGGCUCUGCUCUCAGCCGACGUCGAAGCCGUCCGGGCUGCCGUCAAGCACUGCGUCUCGAUCGGCGUCCGCGCGGUUGUCGUUCUUGUUGGUGGCUGCGUCUCGCUGGCGCUCAUCUCACCGCAGAUGACCGGCAUUCUCUUCUGCGCGCUUCCAGUCUCAGUCUGGGCCGGCUCGAUCUUUGCCCGCCACCUCCGCGGCAUCUCGGGCGCGGCUGCGGCGCGGACGGCCUCAUCGCUCGCGCUGGCUGACGAGUACAUGGCCAACAUCCGGACAGUCCGCGCAUUCGGUGCCGAGGCCGCCGCCCUCGAGCUCUUUGCGUCCGACACCCGCGAGGCCACGGGCCUUGCGGCCUCGCUUGGCCGUCGCAUCGGUAUCUUCCACGGCUUUACCUCGCUGGGGCUCUACGGCAUGGUCCUCGGGGUCAUCUCGUACGGCGCCGGCCUGGUAGCCAACGGCAGCCUGGCGCCCGAGGCGAUUGUCACCUUCAUGCUGCAGGCCUCGCGGAUGCAGUCGGCCUUUGCCUCGCUUUCUAUCCUCUCGGGCCAGGCUGUCAAGGGCAUCGACGCAGCGUCACGGAUCGACGCGGUCUUGAGCGCCACACCGGCGAUUCCGCUGGCGGCCCCGCACCUGGCGCAGCCGGACAUUGUCGGCAACGUCUCGUUCCAGCACGUUUCAUUCCGCUACCCAUCGCGGCCGCAGCGCAAGGUUUUGCGCGAUGUCUCGUUUGAUGUCCCUCGCGGCUCAGUCGUGGCUCUUGUCGGGCCAUCGGGCUCGGGUAAGACCACACUGGCGUGGCUGCUCAUGCGCCUGUAUGAUCCCGAGGCCGGCCAGGUCGUAGUCGACGGCGUCCCGCUCACUCAUCUUGAUCCGGCAACGCUGCGGAGUUCAAUGGCCAUUGUCUCGCAGGAGCCGGACCUCUUUGCCGGCUCGAUCGCGUUCAACAUCGCUUUUGGCCGUCCGGACGCGAGCCGAGCCGAGAUCGCCGCCGCCGCCCGCGUCGCCGCCGCCGCCGACUUUAUCGAGGCCUUUCCCGACGGCUACGACACGCUUGUUGGCGAGCGCGGCGUUCAGCUCUCCGGCGGCCAGAAGCAGCGGAUCGCCAUUGCGCGCGCGCUCCUCCGCGACCCGGCCAUUCUCAUCCUCGACGAGGCCACCUCGGCGCUCGACGCCGAGUCCGAGGCUGCCGUCCAGGGCGCGCUCGAGAUCCUCAUGCGGGACCGGACCACCAUCGUCAUCGCCCAUCGGCUCUCCACCAUCAAGAAUGCCGACAAUAUCGUGGUCAUUGCCGACGGUGAGCUUGUGGCCCAAGGCAGUCACACGGAGCUCCUCGCCGACCCCGACUCGCUCUACGCUGCUCUCGUGGCGGCGCAGCUGCACUGAAGCUAGCUAUGUUUACAUCGUCUGGGCCGUCAUCGCCUCUGAGAGCCACGCACCCCACUGAAUGACCGGAA